AUGACCCUGAUGCUCAGAAUGCUGUUGUGUAUUGGUCUGAGUGUGGGACACAAGACUACAGUACUGGCAGGAACGCUCCCAAAGCCCAUCAUCUGGGCAGAGCCACACUCUGUGAUUGCCAAAUACACACCUGUGACUAUUUGGUGCCAGGGUUCCUGGGAGGCUGUGGAGUACCAUCUAUAUAAAGAGGGAACCAUAGAUCCUUGGGACAGACAGCGCCCUCUGGAACGUGAGAACAAGGCUAAAUUCCUCAUUGAACACAUGACAAAUGACUUUGCAGGAAUAUACAAGUGUUACUAUAGAAGCCGUGCUGGCUUGUCAGAGCACAGUGACACCCUGGUGCUGGUACUAACAGGAGUCUAUGAUAAACCAAGCCUGUCUGUCUGGCCCAGCCCUGCUGUGGCUUCAGGAGAGUCAAUAACCAUGCAGUGUAGCUCAUCACUGGGAUUUGACAGAUUCGUUCUGAUCCAUGAGAGAAAACAUAACUUCUCAUGGACACUGAACUCACAACAACAUGCCAAGAUGUCAUUCCAGGCUCAUUUUGUUCUGGACUCUGUGACUGCCAACCACAAUGGGACAUUCAGAUGUUAUGGCUAUUUUAAAAAAGAUCCCCAGGUGUGGUCAACAUCAAGUAAUCCUAUUAACAUUCUUGUUUCAGGUAAGGACCCAUGCGUUCUUAAUGUAUAUGAAGGAGAAGAAGUACACCAAGACCAGAAAGUUCUUAUCGGAGUUUUGGUGACCCUAUUCCUGCUUUUCUUCCUCCUGCUUCUUCUCAUCUUAUUAAGAUACCAGUGUAAAGGCAAAAAGAAGAACGCAGAUGCUUCUGUGAAGGACACACAACCUGAGGAGAGAGUAGAGCUGGACAGUUGGAAACCACAUGGUCAAGAUCCCCAGCAAAUUGUUUAUGCCCAAGUGAAACCCUCCAGACAUCAGAAAGCUACUACCUCUAAGGAACCCCAGGAUGUGAUGUAUGCCCAGUUAUGCAGCAGGACACCAGAAUAGAACAACUGCUGA